AUGCACUCGAAGAUCCUCUCCCUCAACACCACACCCCGCGACUGCCCCCCUCUUCCUCCAUAUCCUCUCCUCUUCCCUCCCCCUCCAUCUCCAUUCUCUUCCCCCGUCCUCCCCCCGACGCACUGCUGCAGAGCUCCUUCCGCUCCCGCUCUGGCCCCACAGCCCCCGCUGCACUCUAAUCAGAUUCUCUCGCCCUCGUCGUCCCUCGCGCCGUCAUCAAAUCGCCCGCCAUCGUCACGCUGCGACCGGCGACCCACGGUGCCCGGGGCAACUGCUCCCGAGCGGACGACGCCCGGUAGCGCUCCCGACGCCCAUUGGUCGCGGUGGAUGGGAAGUUUUUCAGACCCGAAUUAUCGGCCGCCACCGCUCUGGACACGACUUACUCGGAUCGGCGCGGUCAUUGGCUGCGAGGCCUGUCGUACUCCCCUCUGUGGGCGACGCUCUCACGAUAGGUUUUAUGACGACGCCGGAGAGGCGACUGCUGGCCCCGUCGGGCCCACGAGCCUGACCGCGCGACCCGCCCGAGCAGUGGGACCGGUCCGGGUGACCAGUGACCGGGGGCCCCCUUUCCCUUUUGGUCACCACCCGGUUCCAACUUUCUGCAGGUCGCGGACUCGCGGACUUACGGUCGCGCUCGAGCAGCUAUCGCCUUAUAUCUGCCGGUCAGUCAGUGCAUUCGGGGAGAGGUUCGCCGCAAUGAGCCGCUUACGCUAA